CAGUCCUAGUUCUCACUCUCUAAGCUCUCUCUCUCUCUAAGCUCUCUCUCUGCCACACGUCACACCUAAGCAGUCGCAGCAUUGCAGCAGGCAGCUGCAGCAGCAGUGCUGCAAAGCUCAGCUUUCAGACCAGAAAAGAAAACCAAAACCAAAAGCAGGAAAAAGAGAGAAAGAAAAAGGGAAAAACAAAAACCUCAAAUCCCCGUAUUAUAAUCCAAAACUUCUGUUCCCAAUUAAACCCCCACCAUCAAAGCUGUUGAUUUGAUUUGAUUUGAUGCCCAAGCAACCCAAUUCACCCCCAUUUUUCACUAACAAAGUGGGAAAGCAGAAACAAACAGAAAAAAAAGAAGAGAAAAGAACCACACCAAAACUUCUUUCAGCAAUGCCAAAGCCUUACUUGCAUCUCCCCCACCUCAUAAAAAUGCAGCCAUGACCCCUCUUUCUCUUCCACACACUCUUUUUACUCCUUACCCAAAAGCGCUUUUCUUCACCUUCUGCCUCUGCCUUUUUCAUUCUUUCACUCUUGACGGGCUUUUGAUUUGAUUUCAUGGGUCUCAUCGAUCUCAACACGACGGAGGAGGACGACGCGCCGUCGUCCGACUCCUCUGCUUCGUCCUGGUGCUCUGCCCCUGCUCCGACCGCUUCGGCCUCCGCUUCCUCCGUGUGUCUGGAGCUGUGGCACGCGUGUGCGGGCCCACUGAUUUCGCUGCCGAAGAAGAAUAGUGUGGUCGUGUACUUCCCGCAGGGACACAUGGAGCAGGUUCCGGAUUUUCCGCUCGCAGCCUUUGAUCUCCCUUCCCACGUGUUCUGUCGCGUUGUUGAUGUCAAGCUCCAUGCGGAGGAGGGUACCGAUGACGUUUAUGCGCAGGUCUCACUGGCUCCUGAAAGCGAGCAAUUCGAGCAGAAACUCCAGGAAGGGGAUAUUGAUGCAGAUGGGGAAGAAGAGGAUGUUGAAGUAGCUGCAAAGUCGUCCACACCCCACAUGUUCUGUAAGACUCUUACUGCUUCUGAUACUAGCACCCAUGGAGGCUUCUCUGUUCCUCGUCGAGCUGCUGAGGACUGCUUCCCUCCCCUGGACUAUAAGCAACAGAGACCUUCGCAAGAGCUUGUGGCAAAGGAUCUGCAUGGGUUGGAAUGGAGGUUUCGACAUAUCUACAGGGGGCAGCCGCGAAGGCAUCUGCUCACUACUGGGUGGAGUGGUUUUGUAAACAAGAAGAAGCUUGUCUCUGGAGAUGCCGUACUUUUUCUUAGGGGUGAGGAUGGAGAAUUGCGACUGGGAAUCCGAAGAGCUGCUCAAGUUAAAGGUGGUGGAACUUUCUCGGCUGUCAGUAGCCAGCAGAUGAAUCACUGUUCUCUGAUGGAUGUGGUUAAUGCUAUAUCUAUGAGAAGCACCUUCAGUAUUCACUACAAUCCAAGUAGGGCCAGCUCAUCGGAAUUUGUAAUUCCUCUCCGUAAAUUCUUGAAGAGCCUGAACCAUUCUUUUUCAGUUGGAAUGAGGUUCAAAAUGCGUUUUGAAGCAGAAGAUGCAGCUGAGAGAAGAUACACUGGGCUUAUAACUGGAAUUAGCGAAAUGGAUCCUGGUAGAUGGCCUGGUUCAAAAUGGAGAUGUCUACUGGUAAGGUGGGAUGAUGUGGAGGCUAGGCAUAAUAGGGUUUCUCCAUGGGAAAUUGAGCCAUCUGGUUCUCUUUCCAGUUCCAGUAGCUUGAUGGCACCUGGUCCAAAGAGGACGAGAAUUGGAUUGCCUUCAGCAAAACCAGACGUGCUAGUUCCUAAUGGGAUUAGAGCAUCAGACUUUGGGGAAUCUUUAAGCUUCCAGAGGGUCUUGCAAGGUCAAGAAAUUUUGGGUUUUACUCCUUACGAUGUCAUUGAUACUCAGAAUCAGCAUCCAUCUGAAACAAGGAGGUGUUUUCCUGGUUCAAAUUCUUCUGGGAUUGCUGCAAUAGGAGAUGGUGUCAGAAAUCCCGUCGUAAAUUCUGAUAUCUCCUACAAAGGCAUGGGCUUUGGUGAAUCUUCCCGAUUCCAUAAGGUCUUGCAAGGUCAAGAAAUAUUUCCAAGUUCGCCAUAUGUAAGAGCCCCAACCUCUAAGGAGGCUCAUGACAAUGGUGGCCUUGGAAUCUUUGAUGGUGUUCAAGUGCUGAACUCAAGGAAUGGAUGGUCUCCCAUGAUGCAGGGAAAUAAUACACAUAUGCGCCCAUCUGCCCCAUCUAUGCAAGUUUCAUCACCGUCUUCUGUGUUAAUGUUCCAGCAAGCAAUUAAUCCAGUUCCAAACUUAAGUUCAGUAUAUAAAUUCAGGAGCCUGGAGGAGCAGAGGAUUGGUGACCGAAGUUUAUCUGUUUCUGAAACAAUUGGUGGAAAGCUCUCAUCAUCCUCACUUUAUGGGCGUAGCUUUUGUAGGAAAGAUCAAGGAGGCUUGAAUUCUUCUGGUUUCGAGCAUAAUCCACUGGGUAUUACUCUUCCACCUCUUGCGACUCGAUCCACAUUUGGGAGCAGUCCAGAUCUAGUUUCCACAUGUAAAAGUAGCUGCAGACUCUUUGGGUUUUCAUUGACAGAGGAAAAACAUGUUCCGAAUACCGAGGACAACCCCUCUUCAGUUUCGUCUUCAUUGAAUCCUGGAGCUUCUUUUCUGCCUAAUGUUGGGGACCAGUUCCAUCCAAAGCCUCCAUUGAUGACCAAGGCAGUUGGAAGCAACUGUACCAAAGUAAGCAACCUAUAUGCUGUAAGAGAUAUGCUUUUUGAUAUUGCAUUGUAGUGUACUGCUGUAAGAUAGGAACUGCAGCUUUGCAAGCAGGGGAGUAUUGUAGACAGGAUUGGUCUAACAAGCUUGACAGGUGUGAGUAUCUGAAUAUGAGUUGGAGCUGAAUUUGGUCUGAAAGGGCUCUUAACCACUGUGGGGAGAUGAUGGAAAGUUGUUUACAAGGAUAAUGAGGAUGAUGCUUUCUGAAAAUGAUCCAUGGCAGUUUUUGCCGAGUAUUCAUUUUCGUUACCGAUUAUAUAUUAUAUUUUGGGGCGUUGUGCUUUCAGCAUCAAGCUUGAAGUGAGUGUUUUACAUGGGCACAUGUAUGGUAUAAGGCUCACCAAAGGGGUGGCUGGCUGGCGCAAAAAUGUCAUGGUGGUGUUGUGUACAUCUAGUUUGAAGUACUUCUCAAGCUACUGUGCAGAAAACUUCCUGCUAGUCUAAUUUCAGGGUCAAAACAGAUGAUCCAUAGUUUUACAGACCCCUAUUUCUAUUAUCAAGUAGAUGCUUGCCUUUGAUUUUCCUAGGAAUAAGCUUUUGUAUCCUGAUUUAUCGACAACGGGUUUUUCUAUUAACUAUUUAGUUUUCUCCCCUCAUGGUUGAUGAAAGUUGUUGACAUCGUUUUGCAGGAAAUUGUGCAAUAUUUUCUCAAGAACUAUGAUAUUUACUAAAGAUGAGGUUGCAGAAAGGGGAUGCACAUAGUUGCUCAGAUUAUGUGUGUUGCCAUUAGUACAACUAAUAGUUUUUGAGGAAAAUUGUAAUUAUCUCCUUUUAGGUGACUUGAUAGUAACUUAACUUCAAGAAGAGGUUGUGUUAAUCUAUUAGGUUUCUCGUGGCAGUCCAGUCCUUGUUGGACAAGGUUGUUUUCUAACUCAUCAAAUUUCUACCCAAUUUGAAAUGAUAUUGUAUUUGUCAAGUUGUUCAUACUC